AUGCCCAGUCUUUUCUCUCGAGCACGCACCAUAUCCACACCGAAGAAAUCCGACGCUGCAGCCGCCUUCGACGAAUUUGGGAGGAUUAACAGCAGGGGCUCCGCCCGCACCCUCAUCGUCUCUUCGACAAAGCACAAGAAGUCGAAGAAGGUCGCCUCGCCAGAGCCGGAAACUCAGGAAUGUGAGGUCCCAGACGGUAGCUUUCUACCCCUGAACCUCGAUCCCCCACGUUUCGAGGCGGGCGAGGAACCGGGGCGGCAGAGCAACGACUACGGCUACCUCUCGUACGGGCGACAUGUCGUGCUGGGGCUCGAAGAGGUCGCACGGCUGGUGGACGUUGUGGGGAACGAGCUGGGCACGCGGGGACUGACGACGCCAUUCAUCUUCUCGACGUUGGCUCUGGACGUGUCGUCGUCGGCGGUGAAGCGACCAAUACAGGCAUUUCUGAGGACGUGUAGCAAGCCCGGCGUAGAGUCGGAGCGGCAAUGGCGAGACGAGGCUCGGUUUGCGGGCCCGCACGAGCUCGGGAUGUGUCUCCGGUGGGGACUAGCGCGGGUAGUGCGCAUCGUGAAGGGGCAGGAGGUGCGCGGCCUGCUCGGAUUACAGAGCUACGUCGACUGGAGAGACGCAGAGACUGCGUUGAACUAUCCCGAGGCGCAUUUCGCUGAGUUUCUCGCGCCAUUGGAGCCGAUUCUACAGUCGCUGCUCGUCAACUUACUCUCGUUACUGACACGGUUCACGGCGCACUCGGCGUCGUCCGGGCACACGCCGCCGACGCUCUCCCCGUUGUUUGGCCCAUUGCUGUUUGGGCUCGGACCGUCGACGCUGGCGUUCCAUCACGUCUACAUGUAUUACCUGCGGGCAACGACAGCCACGGAACACCUCAUGCUGUCGUUUAUCCGCUGGCAGGACGUAUCAGGGACUGGGUCCGGUUCAGGCUCGAGCACGCUUGCGCUGGGUGUCCCGACGAGGUUGAAGGCAUGGAUCCACGGAUACCCCGGGAUGCUGCCGUCCAUCUGCAAGCACGACCGGCCGCAGCCGCGGCGGGGCGCACGCACGGUGAGGGUCUUGAGCGUGCGGCGCAACGUGCGAAUGUACUCGCCUGACCUCGUUAAGUCCGCCGCCAGCUGGGGGCACAGACCACGAGGUCCAACAUCUAUUGCUGGUGAGCGUGCGCUCGUGAACUCGAAGGAUUGGGAGCGCAUCGCACCGUCUUCGCUCAAACUCCAGCCCCGUUACUCGGACGCGUACAGGAAGCGGAUGGAUCUCCCAUCAACAUUUUAUCCCGACACUGGCGGAAGUUCUCCCGCAUCAACCAACACCGUCCCUUCGCUCGCAUCGUCCGUUUCCACGACAUCUUCAGUGACAUCAAGUCUUUUUGACGACCAAGAACAUUCGAUUGGGAAGGCAAGCGAAGACCGCUUCAGGAGUCUCACAGAUUUGAAGUGGGGAGAAUUUGAGGUAAUGGGCUUCGGUGAUCUUGGUGCGGACGAGAAGAAGCUACAGUUCGACCUGACAGAGGGCGCGAGAGCAUCCCGCGCAGCCAAACGUGCGACGCUCACCUGGCAGGAUUUUUCUUCAUCUGGAUUUACGCGCUCAGAUGCACCCUUGAACGCAACGCUUCAAUUUAGUCCUCCUGUCACGAACACUGUCAAUUCAUGGCCAUCGCACUCUGCAGAAAUUUCACGCAAGCUGAAGAAAACGCAGAAGUCGCUGCCGGCUUUCGGGUGGGACACUGAACCGGUGAUGGGCUCGGAGGAAGUCAUCGAAGAGGCUUUCCUCGAUGUAUUUUGUGAUUUGGUAUACGGUGGAGGGUGGAUGGAUGCUGAGAGGUGGGAAGAGAUACAUCGCGAGUGCAACUGGGCAUUGGUGGAGUUCAAAUCUCUCCCAGUCACGAGAACCACAACAUCUGGAACUGCAGAUCCACGCACAUCGACUACGCUCAUUCUCUUCGAAGAAUUUGUCCCUUGGGAAUAUCAGCAACAACUCGCAGCGUCUGGUACGAAUCGACGCCGGUUGCCUUCGCUCUUUGGUAAUACGUCGAAAUCAAAGCAAUGGAAGCCUGCCGCAACCCUGAAUGGUCGGCCUUAUGUCAUUGGACACGUCCCUAAUAGCCCAUCAUAUCGUGAAGUCGAGUUCGAAGGUAUGCUCCGCUCGAAUGGCAGCACGACAAAAAUCAUCUCGCUCGCCCGCAGCCCAUCCAAAGAAUUUCAGCGAGAGACACGUUCGCCAGGCCCCGCUGCGAGCACCGUCGCGACUCCUGGCCAUAGCGAGGCGCUACUCACAGUAGCACCCGAGAAGUGGCUCAAUCCCGUGCCACGUAUACAAGCCCGCACCGAUUCGCCUACUCUACGCAUACUCCGUCAGGAGGCGGUGGCGUCUCCGAGUCCGAGCACCAAGAGACGGUUCCGAUUACCUGUCAGUCCAGGUGGGUCACGACGCUCUGGCGUCCCGCCUGCGGAGUACGAGAACGUAGACUUUGACACCCGCCUAGCUAGUUUUGACGAAGAUGAUCUCGGAAGCGGGAAGCACAGCAAGCGCCAGUCUAAAGACGAUGCGUGGGUCGACAUUCUUGUUGCCAACAACAGCCGCCGCAUGGCCGGCCAAGACGUAGAUCUGCGCAAUGGUCAUGGGCUCAAAGGUGGAAGGUCUGACCCGGAGCUGGCGAGCCAGGAGGUGUCCGAGGUAUUGGCCUCUGUACGGGAGCACCUUUCGGCGGACGACAAUGAUGACACCGACAUGGAGCCUGUAGAAUCGCUAUGUGGUGACGCGGAACGUGGCGAAGACACUACAACGCUGGGAGAGUCUGUCGUCUCGCGAGAGCAGGCUCGGGAGUCCGCGCUAUAUGGGGGAGAUGAUGAAGAGGACGAGGAUGAGGACGAAGAAGAGGCACACGUUCCUGUCUUCAGAAAAAAGUUGGGAUAUUUUGAUCUCCAUCCAGAGCGACGAGCUACCCGGAACGACGAUGACGACCCCCGCGACCGCUUCGAAAGACCAUCCCUUGAGAGUGAAGAGCUCCAUAAUGACGUCCCGAUUGUGGUGGAACCCCCAACCCCCGUACAUCCCGUGCAUCCUGUGCAUCCGAAGCUCGAUGGUACAUCUUCAUCGUCGUCAUAUUCCAAGUCGUCAUAUUCUAAGUCGUCGUACUCCACAGAUGACCGCACAAAGGCUGAAUUCACCCCCAGCACGUCUUCCAUGCAGUCGAAUGCUGACACCAGUCCCUUAAGGGAUGCGGCAGCCAACCUGUCGUCAUUGGGCAGACGUUCCCCGCUGCCACCCUCUGAUGACAGUAGAGCCGGGCCCUCUUCCAUCAGGCCUCUGCCAACACCGAGCAAGACUGCUUCGCUCAUCGAGUUGUACCGUGAGCGUGAACGUUCCGCGAUCUCUAGUCCUGCACCCAUUCCCGCCUCGCGCUUGCCUGUUCGUACGACAGCCUCGCUCCAAGCGCAGUCUUCACCAACAGAGCGUUCACCCUCUCCAUCUGGACAUGUCCCUGUACCACCGGCGGCAAUUUCUCCCACAGCGGGAACAUCUGCGUCAGUUGCAAUGCUCUCGGAGACAGAGGAGUCAGAUGUGGACGCGGAGUCUUUACCCUCAGAUCGGGAGCCCAACCUUCCCAACCGGAAGAAGAAGAAGGAGAAGAAGGAGGAGAAGAAGAAUAGGAACGUUGACGACGAUAGUACAGCAUUGCGUUCUGCUGCAGUCGCAAACUUCCUCCGCCAGAUUGACAGUCCUGUCACGCCGGUCACGCGCGGAAUUACAGUCCGUUUACAGUCCCUCCUGCCUAAUCCGUCCACGCGCGUCGCCUGA